AGUAAAACGGCAAAGCUACGAUGGGCCGUUCCUGACAGAAGGAUUCCUGCUGAAUGUAGUAAAUUGCUGUGGGUCGAAGAGAUUGGCUUACUAAGUUUUUUUUUUGCAUUCCAGUCUACUUGCCUCCAUUUACAGAUAAUUGUGAAAUAACCUACUUGUUUGAUUAGAACAAGUUCAUAACGACACUGAAAUGACCAAAACCCCGAUCUGUUAAACAUUAUGAAUAGGACACCGUUGCUUGUAAUAUCACCCUAAUUAUGAGUGCCUUACACCCUGUACCAGAAGACAGGAUCAUCUGUGAGAUCCCAUUGUACUACACAAAGGAAGCUGCACUGCAUACCAAAAAUGGUUUCCAUGUCACUGUCCAAAAUGCAUGUUACAGUCAGAAGUCACACACAGUGGGAUUCAAUGUAGCCAAGGUCAUAGUUGUGGGUGAUGUUGCAGUGGGGAAAACAUGUUUAAUCAAUAGGUUUUGUAAAGAUACUUUUACUAAGAGCUACAAGGCCACUAUUGGAGUGGACUUUGAGAUGGAGAGGUUUGAAGUUCUAGGAGUGCCCUUCAGUUUGCAGUUGUGGGACACAGCAGGUCAGGAGAGGUUUAAAUGCAUUGCUUCCACCUACUACAGAGGAGCCCACGCCAUCAUAGUGGUGUUUGAUCUAAGCAACUAUUAUUCUUUAGACAAUGCCAGGCAGUGGCUAGAAGAUGCCAUGAUAGACAAUGACCCUUCCAGUGUACUGCUCUUUCUUGUGGGAACAAAAAAGGACCUGAGUCAUCCAGAUCUGUUAGCCCAAAUGGAGCAGGAAGCCAUCAAGUUGUCAGAGGAGAUAAGGGCUGAGUAUUGGGCUGUGUCUGCUUUGUCAGGAGAGAGCGUGAGAGAGCUCUUUAUGCGGGUUGCAUCACUUACAUUUGAGGCUUCAGUAUUAGCUGAACUGGAGGGGAACAUUACUAGGAAAAUGGGUGACAUUGUUAAAAUCACCGGUGAUGACAGUGAUUUCAAAACAUUAAAGGAGAAGAAACGCAGAUGCUGUAAUUAGAUGAGUUUAGGAGCAUGAGCGAUGGUGUGAUGGAUGUCUGAGGACAAGAACAGAGCCACUGAUCAGCAUGGUGGCACUACAGAGCACAGAGUGGUAUAUCAGGCUCUGGACUGCUCAGCCUGGGGACAUGCAUUAUGGUAAAAAAAAACCAAAAAAAAAACAUACUGAAAACUUCACGUCUUAUGUGACUUUGAUCACAGAACAAUAUAAAGUACAGUAAUUGUACAUUGUAUAUAUUCAUGUGCAAUUUAUAGAAUGACCUAUAACUAAAUGUAGUUUUUGUUAGUUCUAGAGAUAACUUCUAUUGCAGAAUGAACAAAUGGUUUCUGUAACCAUGUUUUUGAAACUGAGUGGUGGUGACCCUUGACUUGACUUUCUCCCAAUUUAGGGGUUACAGCCCUUAGUGCUCUGAUUACCAUGGUAACCACAGUUGCCUUCAGCCCUUGGUAUUUCCUGAGCUUUUCGUGUUUCUUUUUCCUGAUGAUCGCCACAUCAGUUAUAGUAAUGUAAACUGGUUUAUUAGAACUGAUCUAAAUAAAAUCUGCUGGCAGUUUUCA